CAACAUAACAAUACCAAAAUCUAUGAUUAACUGGUAGUGACCUGUUGUUCAAUUUUUUUUGCUGUUAGGAUUACGUAAAAUAAACGUAAUGUUCGAGAAAGUAAUCAAAAGAAGUAAUGAACGUAACCGUUCGUGUAUAUUUUUUCGCAAAAGCUAAAGAGUUGGCGAAUAGAAAAGAAUCAUUUUUAACAAUCUCCAAUUCAUUAAGUUAUAAAGAUCUCUUCGAAGCUCUCAUUAAUCAAUUUAACUUAGUAGCAAUUAAAGACAAUAUAGUCUUAGCACUUAACGAACAACUUAUAGAUGAAAAUAGUGUGUUGGAAUUAAAAACGGGUGAUAUUCUUGCAAUUAUUCCUCCAUUGAGUGGUGGCUAACAAUGGAUUAUUUAAAAAUUACUGCAGAACCACUAUCAGUUGCAGACAUUAACAGUUUGGUUCUGUCUCCUGAUUGUGGUGCUGUUUCGAUGUUUAUGGGGACGACAAGAGAUAAUUUUGAAGGAAAAACUGUUGUUAAACUUGAAUAUGAAGCUUACGAAGAUAUGGCUUUUAAAUCUUUACAGAAAAUUUGUUCAGAUAUGAGAGGUAAAUGGCCGCAAAUUGUAAAUAUAGCAAUUUUUCAUCGAGUCGGGGAAGUUCCUGUAAAAGAAGCUAGUAUAAUAAUAGCUAUUUCAUCACCACAUCGUGAAGAUUCUUUACAAGCAACUCAAUGGUGUAUAGAUAUAGUUAAGAAAACAGUUCCAAUUUGGAAAAAAGAGGUUUACGAGGGUGGACUUGAACCUGUAUGGAAAGAAAAUAAAGAAUAUACACCUCCCUUAUUAAAUAACACUUCCGAUAAACCAGAAUUGAAUUUAAAUGUAGUUAAACAAGAUGUGGUUGUACCAACCACGCCAUCACAUUUGAUACAAAUUAAAUGUUCGAAAAAGGAAGUUGAGGAACGUAUUGAUAAAUUUAUUGAAAGGAAACGUAAUGAAAUAAAUCGAUGUAACGUUAGAGAUUUUUGUCGAAAAACUGCGAGUGGUGACGAUGAAGAAACUUCUUGUGCAAGAGUUGAUUCUGUUUUAAUAAAAAGAAAAGAUUCCAAAGGACAUUUACAGGUAAAUCGUGUUUACAACACUUACAAUAGAGACCAAACAAAUUCUGAUUAUCUAACAAAAUAUAUUCCUAAAAAUGGUGUCGAUGAAAGAAUUGAAAACUUGGAGAGUCAAUUGAGUUUAACUACACCAGUUCCAAGAAGUAUUUAUAUCCGAUUAAAAGAAUUAGAAAACCGUUUAUUAUAUUUGGAAUCAAUUUCCCCCGAAUACAUUCAAUUUUGGGAGAAAAAUACAACCAACAAAUCUUUUAAGAAAAAACGAAUUUAUAGUAUUCAAGAAGUUGAUCGAUUAAUUCUGGAAUUAGAAACAAAAAGACAAAAACGAUAACUUUUAAAAAGUGUAAUUUUUUUAACAAUAAAGAAUUCUUUAAAACAA